AUGUUCAGUAAUGUGCUCCGCACCAGCGCCGCCGCGGCGCUCCUCUCGGCGUCUGGCGUGGCGGCAUUCAUGAAGUUGCCGCUCAAGGCAAGAGGCGUUCCGGCCGAUGCUACCGAUGUCAAGACCAUCGUCUCGCCAACCAAUGUCACUAUUCGCUAUAAAGAGCCGGGCAAGGCGGGCAUCUGCGAGACGACUCCUGGUGUCAAUUCCUACUCUGGGUACAUCGAUAUUGCUCCAAAUGUGCAUACCUUCUUCUGGUUUUUCGAAUCAAGAAGAGACCCCGCCAGCGACCCCAUUACUUUGUGGUUGAACGGUGGCCCUGGCUCCGACUCCUUGAUCGGGCUGUUUGCAGAGCUCGGCCCUUGCAAUCUCACCGAGAAUCUAACCUCAAACCUGAACCCGUACUCGUGGACUGAGGUAUCUAAUCUGCUCUUUCUUAGCCAGCCGCUUGGCACCGGCUUUUCAUACGCUGAGGAGGGUGUUGGAAGCCUGGACCCCGAUACCGGCAUCAUCCACCCGAGCAACGAAAGCACCGCAGCCGGCCGGUAUCCUGUUAUCAACGCAACCGAGGUCGAUACGACGGACUUGGCGGCGGUUGCGGCAUAUCACGUCCUGCAAGGCUUCUUGGGUGCUCUCCCAAUGCUUGACAGCAAAGUCAAGAGCAGGGAAUUCAACUUGUGGACGGAGAGCUACGGCGGCCACUACGGGCCUGCUUUCUUCAAAUACUUCUAUGAACAAAAUGAAGCCAUCGCCAACGGGUCAGCAGCGGGCGUUCAGCUGAAUUUCAACUCUCUCGGCAUUGGGAACGGUAUCAUCGAUGAGGCCAUCCAGGUUCCGCACUUUCCCAAAUUUGCUGUCAACAACACAUACGGCAUCAAAGUCUACGAUGACACCGUCUACGACUACGCGCAAAUGGCCCUCCACAUGCCGGGCGGCUGCCUUGACCAGCUCAGCGCCUGCCGUACAUUGGACAAAUCCACGAUCGCCGGCAAAGCCAUGUGCUCGAGCGCCCAAGUCAUGUGCACCGACAACGUUGAGCGUUUGUACAUGACCUAUGGAGACCGUGGCGCCUACGACAUCCGCCAGUCGGCAGCGAACCUCGCGCCGCCCAUGUACUUUGAACGUUACCUGAAUCAAGACUGGGUACAGAACGCCAUCGGAGUCAAUCUCAACUACACCAAAUCCAACAACGAAAUCUUCCCCGCCUUCCAGCAAACCGGCGACCUGGUCUACGACCACUUCCUCGCCGACAUCGAGGAGCUGCUCGCGGCGGGCGUGCGCGUGGCCCUCUACUACGGCGACGCCGACUACAUCUGCAACUGGUUCGGCGGCGAGGCCGUGUCGCUGGCCGUCGAGUACGCCCACGCCGCCGAGUUCCGCGGCGCCGGCUACGCCCCCUUUGUCGUCGGCGGCACCGAGUACGGCGUGGUGCGCCAGUACGGCAACUUCUCCUUCAUGCGCAUCUACGAGGCUGGCCACACGGUGCCCUACUUCCAGCCCGAGGCCAGCUUGCAGAUGUUCAACCGCACCCUCUUCCACUACGACCUCGCCACCGGCACCGAGAAGGUGACGGCCGAGCUGGAGACGAACGGCUGCCCCAAUUCGACGCAUACCGAGGCCCAUGUUCCGUUGCCCAACGAGACGGGCAAGAGGUCGGUGGCGCAGAAGGCGUGCCUGCCUAUUUUGUAA